CUAGCCAAGCAAGCCCUGCGCUGGAUCUAUCCCUGUGCACGCCUCCCUCGAGGAAAAUGGUCAACAAAGACAUGAAUGGAUUUCCAGUCAAGAAGUGUUCUGCUUUUCAGUUUUUUAAAAAGAGGGUACGGAGAUGGAUUAAAAGUCCAAUGGUUAGCAUGGAAAAGCAUCAGUCAAGCAGCCUCAAAUACCCAGGGUCCACUGUGAUGCAUAUACCUCAAGGGGAACCUGAAAUUGAGUCUCCGUUGUGCCAGAUGUGCUUCAGUGACCAUGCUUUUCAAAGAGGGAUUGUCCCUCAGGACACCGAGUCAUGUUCCUGGGAAGGCCACAGAAACUGCAAAAUGAAAGAACUCUACAGUAAAGAAGAUUUGUUGGCUCAACCUGAUCAGAGAACAUUCUGGACAAAUGAGGACUCAGCCUUCCUGAAGCAGAGGCGGCUGGGGCUGCACGACCUCCUCCAGAAGAUCGCCACCACCUCCUACGCCGACAAGCACCCUGACGUGCAGUCCAUCUUGAAGAUCUCCCAGCCUCAAGAGCCGGGCCUGAUGAAUGCCCAUCCUUCCCCUCCGCCCAGCCCAUCGCAGCAGAUCAAUCUCGGCCCUUCUUCCAACCCACAUGCUAAACCAUCAGAUUUCCAUUUCCUGAAAGUUAUUGGAAAAGGCAGUUUUGGGAAGGUCCUUCUGGCAAGGCAUAAGGCAGAGGAGCAAUUCUACGCAGUGAAAGUACUUCAGAAGAAAGCAAUCCUGAAAAAGAAAGAGGAGAAGCACAUAAUGUCAGAACGCAAUGUCUUACUCAAGAACGUGAAGCACCCUUUCCUAGUAGGACUCCAUUUUUCUUUCCAGACUGCAGACAAACUGUACUUUGUACUCGACUACAUCAACGGUGGCGAGUUGUUUUAUCAUCUCCAGAGGGAACGUUGCUUCUUAGAACCAAGAGCCCGUUUUUAUGCUGCUGAAAUAGCCAGUGCCCUGGGUUACCUGCAUUCCUUGAAUAUUGUUUAUCGGGACUUGAAGCCAGAGAACAUUUUGCUUGACUCUCAGGGCCACAUUGUCCUGACUGACUUUGGCCUCUGCAAAGAGAACAUAGAGCACAAUGGCACAACUUCCACAUUUUGUGGCACCCCUGAGUACCUUGCCCCUGAAGUCCUUCACAAGCAACCGUAUGACCGGACUGUUGAUUGGUGGUGCCUAGGAGCAGUUUUGUUUGAGAUGCUUUAUGGACUGCCUCCAUUCUACAGUAGAAACACUGCAGAAAUGUACGACAACAUCUUGAACAAACCUCUGCAGCUGAAGCCGAACAUCUCCAACUCUGCUCGACACCUUUUGGAAGGUCUUUUGCAAAAGGACAGAACUAAGAGGCUGGGGGCCAAGGAAGAUUUUAUGGAGAUUAAGAAUCACAUAUUCUUCUCCCCAAUUAACUGGGAUGAUCUCAUUAAUAAGAAGAUUACACCCCCUUUUAACCCCAAUGUGAGCGGCCCCAACGACCUGCGGCACUUUGACCCCGAGUUUACCGAGGAGCCGGUCCCCAACUCCAUUGGCCAGUCGCCAGACAGCAUCCUCAUCACUGCCAGUGUCAAGGAGGCCACGGAUGCUUUUCUUGGCUUCUCCUAUGCACCCCCCAUGGAUUCUUUCUUAUGAAUCUUUCGUUGUCAUGGUUAUUUUUUAAUUGUGACCCUUUUGUUGGCCUUCUGGUUAAGCUGACAGUUGUCCAGUCAUCUUGAAAAAGGAAAAUUUUGCACAUCUUUCCGCUGUGGCAGUUUUGCAGCCUUAAUUUCAACGAUAACUGUUUGCUGGAAGCUUUUUUUUGGGUUUCAUUACUGUUGCUGUCGUUUGGAAGAGCACACCUAACUCCUUUGAAUGAACUUGCAAACAUUUCACUUCUGGUUCUUCCCACCCACCAAAGUGGUGCUAUCUCUUUUGGAAGCUGAAGCAGGAAGGGAAAGCAACG